UGCAGCCCUAGUCGAUGUUGAACACACCUACCUUUGGCACAUAGCUUACCUGGGCGGUGCUACUUGGUCUGUAGAUUCUAACAGCUUUCUCACGCCAACUGUCUCCCACCUUAAAAUGUCAAGUAAAACAUUGACCGAUGAGGCCGUGGUAUCAGCGUGCAAGGAAGGGGACCCCAUCACCAAGGACUUCAUGAUGCAGCAAACUAAUCUCAGGGUGAAAGACCCUCUGAAAUCCAUAGACUUUUACACCCGCAUCAUGGGCAUGACUUUGCUUCAGAAAAUAGACUUCACACCCAUGUCGUUUACUCUCUACUCCCUGGGGUACGAGGAAAAGACGGAUAUCCCCGUGAACGUGAAAGAGAGGACGGCAUGGACGUUCUCUCGCAGAGCCACUCUGGAGCUCACACACAACUGGGGCUCUGAGUUGGAUGACAACUUUUUUUUUUUUAAGUAA